GCGGACGUUCGUUGUUUAUGAGCGACAUUUUCUUUUGGAAAUUAUGUGGACGUAAAUUACGCCAAUUUUCUUAUAUUGUAACUGCAUUUUGGUGCAAUACUGUGUGUAUUUCAUGAAAUAUAUAUUCUAUUCUGUCUUGGACAUAAACUGAUUGACGUAUAAAUGCAUCAAUCACAAGAAAGGCAUAAGUUUUUUUCUCUACAAAUAUAGCGGGAAAUCUACGCUGUGACGCGCACAAACGUUAAUAAAUCGCUGUGGAGAUCGCUAAAGUGGCGUAACCGUCCUGUUAUGUGGCCAUUUAGGUUUUGACAGUGGUUUUGUGUCAGAUAUUUGUGUAAUUGACAAUGUCGGAAGAAAUGGCGGUGGGUGAUAACGCUUCGGGAGAAGAGACUAAAGUUAACGGCGAUAAAGCGUUGGUGGUGAGCGCAGAGGACGCUGAGGUCGCCAGCUCGGAGCCGCCGACCGACCCAGCCGCUCCGGAGAGCGAGGAAAACACAGCACCAGUGGAAGCUUUACCAGACGAACCAAAUGAACCUGAAAUACCGAAUGAUGUCAAAUCAGAAGCCUCGGAGGCCCCAGAGGAGGAAGCUUCAGAACAACCAGAUCUGGUGGAUCGAGGAGUCAAACGCAGAGCCUCCUCUGCCUUUAGCGACAAUGAAGAUGACUUCAAAGGGAGUGGGGACGGAGUUACGCCAGAGGAAGUGUUCAAAGGCUUCGAUACUACAAUUGACACGAAAGAUGUUUCUACAGAUUACAGCAUAAUCUUGGAGCGCCUGGAAGCGGAGGUGACGGCGGCGGCGCAGAGCUUCACGCCAGUGCGGACGGUGACCGCCUUCCCGAUGCCCGUGCGCGCCGGCAAGCGCGCCAGGCAGGAUACUGAUGGCUCGAGACCGUCGUCAGCUCUGUCGUCCAGGUCUGAUGGUGAAGGCGCACUCUCUAAUGAGGGCACAAGCGCUGCGUCCUCGCCGGCCAACCGCCGCCGCGCCACCACUGAGAUGUCGUCUCCGCUGCUCCGCAUCCCCCUGGAGCGCGGCUGGAGGCGCGAGCUGGUGUACCGCGCCGCGCUCGACGCGCACCAACGACGCAACGCAGACAUAUACUACUACACGCCGCAGGGGAAGAAGCUGCGCUCCACCAGAGAGGUGGCAGAACAUUUGUCCGGCACAGGACUUACGCUAGACAACUUCUCAUUCUUCAAGGAACCACUCGGCAUUGAUGACCCAGAGAAAGAAAUCAUACGUGACGCCAAGCUGAUGCGGCGCGUGGAGUCGCCCGUGUCUGCGCCGGCGCCGGCCGCGCCGGAGGGCAAGCGCACGCCCAAGCCCAAGCCGCCCAAAGGCGCCAGCCCCGAGCCCGCCACGCCCAAGUCGCCGCCCGCUAAGAUUAAGGUGAAGUCAGUGGGGUCCCGGCUGAGCGGCAGCGGGGCUCCGCCCCCGAGCCGCCCGCCGCGUCGCGCCGCGCCGCAGGACAACAACAACACCUCGGCCUGGAAGAAACCCAGCGAAGACAAACGCACGCGCGGGCGCAUAUCGAACGGCGCGGCGCCCCCCGACGCGGCCGCGCUGUCCCCGCGGCGCCGGGGCCGCCCGCGGCUCGACGACGCCGACCACUUCACCGCCUUCUACAACAAGGCCAAGGAGAAGAACUAUAACGUUGUUGUACAGAUAUUCCAAUACCUAGGCAUGCGUGAGCUGGCGCACUGCGCGCGAGUGUGUCGGCUGUGGAGGACGCUAGCCGCCACGCCGGCGCUAUGGAGGCACGUACGGAUGAAAAACUCACAUGUGAGCGACUGGGGUGGGCUCUGCAGCGCACUCAAGCGGCACGGCACGAAGCGACUGGACCUGCGCAAGAUGCUGCUGCCACAGAACGACACAGUCUUCUGGCAGCAGUUCGCGCAACACAUACCCACUGUCGACACCAUAGAGAGGAUAGAAAUGUGCCGAUGUCCAGCGAGCGCGGUGGAGGCAGUGUGCCGCGGCCUCCCUGGGUUGCGCUCGCUGUCGGCGCUUGCCAUCCGGGACGCCCUGCUGGACCCGGGCCCGCUGGCGUCGCUGCCGCUGCUGCACGAGCUGCGCCUCAAGAGCAUGGCCGGCCUGUCCCUCACGCGCCCUCUCACGCCCCUCGCUGCCCUCACCAACCUGCAGCACCUCUCACUCACAUCUAUCAAGGAGCUGGGGUGGUGCGCGAGCGACAUAAUCGGUCAGCUGGAGCAGCUGGAGUCGCUGGAGCUGGGCGAGUGCACGUUCCGCGCGGAGUUCGCGGGCGUGGUGUCGCGCCUGCGGCGGCUGCGGCGCCUGCGCCUGGAGCGCGGCACGGCGCAGUGCGCGGCGCCGCACAUCCUGCGCGCGCUGGCCGAGCUGCCGCUGCUCACGCGCCUCGAGCUCGUCAACAUCGACGUCAAGGUGGGCUUCGACGACGCGCUGGCUGAAUGCAAGAACAUCCAGAGGCUACUGAUCAUACCGACAUAUGUCUCCCAGUCCGCUACCACCAACAAACAGGUGCUAAGCGGCGUACUCCGAUUAAAAGACAGCUUAACGCACCUGAUGUGGGGCGUGACCAUCGAGCUGCUCCGCGUGACAGAGCUGUUCAUCGACCAAUGCAAGCAGGCGGGCGACAAGGCGCCGCGCGACCUCGGCGAGUGCAUCCCCGUGCUCAAACCCGUGCCCGGCUGCCGGCUGCCCGACCACCACCAUGUGCACGGACCGCCACAAGUGGAGAUCCUCCCGCUGCCGACGCUGCAGCGCCUGUUGUCGGCCCAGCUGCCCAACACCAAGCUGAAGCUGCUCCGCAUCCCCUUCCACGCCACCUGGCGCCAGUCACUCGCGGACUUCCAGUAGCGCCUGCGCACCGCGCUACACCACACACUAUGCUCUGAAAAUCAGCGUGGGAGUGUUUCAUAACAAAUGCUGAGUCGGGGGCGUCUUGGCUACACCUCGCUAUAUUUACGUGCAAAUUAUAAAUAAUAAAGUACACGUACAAGCCGUAUGCGCACCACAGGGGUUCAAAAAGCCCAAAUCGAAGCAAUUCAUCUAAUAAAAGCAAUAUUUCUAUUUGACUUUUGUCUGCACUGCGCACUUGCUUUUAUAUGCGCAAAUGUCAAAUUGAAAUACGGCUUUUUUUAGAUGAAUUGCUUCUGGCUUUUUUAACCCCGCUGUGGGCAAAGGUGGCUCGGAGAGGUUAGUUCAUGCUGAAUGAUUGUCAAAUUAAUUGUCCAAAUAUAUUUUUAUAAUUUACAAAGCGUCUGUCCAGUUGACUACGUUAAUUCAGGGUCUGUUUCACGGACGUCUAUAAACUUAUCUACUAUCUUAUCUGACGCAUAAGUGGCUGAUAGCAAUACUAAUCUGCCGGAUAAGACUGUUUGUCAGCAAAUGGUGAAACAUGGCCUUAUAAUACUAGUUUUAUAUUAUGAGCGUCAUUGUACAUUUUUCAUCCAAAUUCUUUAUGAAGACAUGUGUGUAAGGUUUCAUACCAUGAAACAAAAUAAGGCUAAAUAAUAUCGUUACUAUAAUGAACAUACAGGGUGUUAGUGGCAUCGUAACGAAUACUGAAGGGGAUGAUUCAGAUCAUGCUUCUGAGUUUAAUAUCAAGUGGAAUAUCCGGUCGGAAAAUUCAUGAAAAUUUUAGUGCUUUUUAAAAUUGUUUUUAGUUUACGGAAAAUUCAACUUGGUAUCAACUGAUAAUCAUGGUUCAAUCAUCCCUGGAAGUUUCCGUUACGAUGUCACUAACACCUUAACCUCUUAACGCCGAGAUUUCCAGACACAAUAGUUAAAUAAUGGGUUUUGGAUUUUAAAAGAACAUUCGGUCUUACGACUCUAGAUAGCCUAAGCAAAGGGUUAUGAGGGUGUUUCUCUUCGUUGAAUGACGUAUUCGUUUUUAGCCGCGUUACCGCACCCCGAACACUGCGUACAAAAAUCUCAUCCUUACCGUGCGCCGCUUAACGCAUGAGACGGACAUCUCUAGCGCUCUCCCUUGCUCCUUAGCCUGCUGAUUCUUACAAAAUCGGUAUUAAAAUGACUUAAUUGUCGCCGUCGCUUGCUUGUGCUCUAAACCACAAAGUUCGACUUUUAUCUCCCUUAUAUCCCGUUCUCACAGGGUCCGCUUACCUAACCUGCAGAUGACAGGUCCGGUUUUUUACAGAAGCGACUGCCUGUCUGACCUUCCAACCUAAGGGAAACUAAGUUCGACUUUGAGUUUGAAUCCAUGUUCACAGAUAGUUGUUGUGGUUUCCAGGAUUUGUACCUGGUUAAUGGCAGUAUGCUCGCCCCUUAAUAUAUGGGACUUAAACAUAGCUGGCGAGGAGCGGGUGUACCGUCAUGAGCAAUAGGACUCUGUCGCACUAACAUAUUUGACAUUUAGUGAGACUUACAGUUAAUUUGUCAAAAAAGUUAAUGUGACAUGGUACCAAAGUGUAUACAUAUUAAUGCUCGUGACCGUAUGUCAUGGUACGUGUUCUCGCGAUCGACGGAUACCUGCGGGGCUAAAAUGGCCACAUAGAAGCAAUCCAUGUAAAAAAGCAAUAUUGCAAUUUGACAUUUGCGCAUAUAAAAGUAAGUGCGCAAUGUCAAACAAAUGUCAGAUAGCAAUGUUGCUGUUUAGAUUAAUUGAUUUCAGGUGUCAUUAACCUAACCACCCCACCCCGCCUCCGUAUGGUCUUUACUAGCAUUUAAAUCAAUUAUAAAAAUAGAACAAUCGAAUAUUAUUUAGUCUUAUGACUACCUAUAACUUGUGCAAUGUCCUUUAAUAAACUGUCUUAGUCCAAAGAUGCAAAGCAUAAAUGAAGGGUACAAUCUUUGCUUCAAUAAAUGUAAGGGUUUGGAAUAUUUUUCGUACAAAACAAGUGUUCGACUUCGGCUGUAGACUAAAAGUAAGCCACGAAACGAAUCUACAUACAUUUGGUGUGAUUAGAGAUAUUGGCGCCGAUUCCUGCAGAUACCUCAUUUUAUUUCAAGUUAUACCCGUCACUUUCUUAUCCGCCGAAAAGGAAAGGGACGGGUAAUUGACAAGUGUUUUAAAAUAAACGAAUAACCCAGGCGAAUAAAAUAGGCAUCUCGCUGUUAUGUGUGUGAUGUCAACUUAAUUAUUUCGGGUUUUUGCCCAAUAUAAAAAAUUGGGAGGGCUUUUAAAAUUCCUGCCUGAAAUUGACGUGUGUUCCAUAGCUUUUAUGGCUGUCGAUUACUCGUCCCAUACUUUGUCGGCGGAUAAGAAAAUGACAGGUAUAACUUAAAAUAAAAUUAGAUGGUGUGUACAGUCAUGAGCAAUAUAAUGUGCCCACUUUAGGACUCUGUUGCACUAACAUAUUUGACAUUUAGUGAGACUUGCAGUUCAAUUUAUCAAAAAAGUUAAUGUGACAUGAGCAUUAAUAUGGUACCAAAGUGUAUACAUAUUAAUGCUCGUGACCGUACUGGAGUUAGCACCAAUAUUGAUGUAAUACUUUAUAUAAUUUAAAGUUUAAUAGUAGUAUUUUAUAUCGAACAACUAAUACCUGAAACAAUCUGGCUAGUAGCGACGUUCUGUUUAAAAUAGUAGAGUAACGAUGCGGAAAAUCGAAGAAUUUUAAACUACAUAAGCGCGCUGCCCGACCCCUAACCGUUUACUACCAUUCCACAUUCGAAUCCCGGUGGGGACAUUAACCACAACAAGUAUACUUUAUUGCACACACCAUACAAAACAAGUUUUACACACAUGAACUAAAGAUACAGUACAAUCUGGCGGCCUUAUUGCUAAGCAGCAAUUUCUUCCAGUGGCAAGCGAACAUUUAUCACAAUUUACCACAAAAAUUUCUUGUGUCAUCCCUAGUUUGGUUACAUUACAGGCUGAUCACCCGAAUGUCCGAAAGACGAUCCGUGCUUCGGAAGGCACGUUAAGCCCUUGGUCCCGGUUACUACUUACUGAUGGAAGUACGUAAUCGUUACAUGAGCCAUGUCAGGGGCUUUUGACGGCUCAAUAGUAACCCUGAUGCCAGGGUUGAUGAGGAUGGUAAUUCACCUCACAGACAACCCACACGAAGAAGAUUAGUUUUCUAAUUUCUUAUGAAAAUAGGCACUGUUUUUUCUUUGGCUCUUCUGCAUUUCCUUUGGAGUGCGACAUCUUGAAAAAAUCGCGGGUGUCCCGGUAGUCGCGUGUACCAACGACCUUAAGUUCUCUCACGUCGCGUCGAAGGUUGAUGAGGUUGGUGAUCCACCUCACAACCCACACGAUAGAAGAAGAAUUAUGUUCAGUGGUUAGUUGUUCGAUAACACUAUAAACAGACUGUACAACUCACGUUAUUAUGGUAAUAACAGUGUGGUUUAGAUUUCCGUAGUCAAAUUCAUUAUGAAAAACCGUAUACUGUUUUAAAUACAUGACAUGUAGACAAAUAAAUAGGCAUUCAUCAUCAUCAGCCCAUUAACGUCCCCACUGCUGGGGCACGGGCCUUCCCUGUGGAUGGAUAGGGAGAAAUAGGGUUUCUAGAGGGCAUAAGUUUGUUUUUAACGGUGUGACAGUCAGAUUUUUCGGGAAAGUUGCAAAGUUCUCGUAGAUGUACAGGAUAAACCUUUAAAUUUGUGCGUGUUUUGUGCAUUUUAGCAGUUUUUAUGAUAUAUUUUUUGGAUGGGAUUCUUUCGGUAACUUGAUCGGCAGACAUCUUGAAAUUUAGCGUUAAGGAAUGUAUAAAUUGAUAAUUUUGGUGGUGAUAGCAUUUUUAGUAAGCCGAAGAUACGAAAAGAAACGAAUGCGUUUUAUAUUUGAUGUAAUCUGUCAGUGUAUGAAAAGCCGUGUAAUGGUACAGGUUUAAAACACGAGAUAUAAAAUUCAUCAAAGUAACAAAGCUCAUCAAAUUUCCGAAUGAAUCAUGCAACAUUAAUUAUAAGAAACACAAAUCCAUUACUAAAACUAUAAGCAAUAGUAAAAUUAAUACCAAAUUUGACUUAAGAUAAAUAAAUUAAAAUAUAUACCAAGCAGUAGAGAAUCAUGAAAUAAAAUAUAUAAAAAAUAGUAUAUAUUUUACUAGCAGAAUUUAGAACAGUCAGAAACUGAGCGAAACAUUCAUUUUCUAAGCAAAAUAUCGUGUUAAAUCCAUCACUUUUUCUACCUUCGGAGUAGACAGUGGCUGUAGAAUCGUAUAUUACCUUAUAACACUAAUUUAUCCCCUAUUAUUUGAAACAAAUAUCAUUUAUACAAACUUUUUAAAUACUGUUAUAUGUAGUGCAAUUUUGUUAUAACCAUAAUGGCCCCGAUUCCUGCAGACACCGCCUAAGUUAUAUCCGUCAUUUUCUUAUCCGCCGAAAAGGAAAGGGACGGAUGAUUGUCAACAAGUUAAUUUUAAAACGAAUGAAUAUACCGAGCGAAUAAAAUAGGCAUCUCGCUGGUAUGUAGCCCGUUUGACGUGCUGUCUACUUAACUCUGUCGGGUUAUUGGCCGAUGUAAAUUUUUUAGAAGGUUGUGUUUUAGAUUUCUGCUUAAAAUUGACGUGUAUCCCAUAAAUUUUAUGCCUGUCGAUUACCCGUCCCUUUCUAUUUCAACGGAUAAGAAAAUGACAGGUAUAACUUAAAAUAAAAUUAGAUGGCGUCUGCAGGAAUUAGCACCAAUGUUUUGCUUAUAAAUUGAAAUGGAUGUAACUGGCUAUUAAUCUAUAAAAUGUUUUAAUGAUAAUUUCAAAAAUAAGGCUGAAUGCACAUCUACUGAGUGGCGGCAUAUUUAUAACGUUAUAUGAUUAAGUAGCUUUGUCCCCAUUCAGUAUCGUGUGAUACGGGCCCUGAAUUAUCAUACAAACGUGACCGUUUCAGAGAAGUUUAUGAAAUUUAUCACUUACCAUAAAUAUAUUAGUUUUAGUGUUGAUUUAUAAUAAUUGUACAUAUUUUAAGCAGUUAGUUUAGUAAUCAGUGCCUAUAAUGUACUUUUGGUUCGUGGUCAGGCUUCAAUACAAGCUUACAUAACGAGGGCUAACAGAAAUGUAAUAAUUUAUUGUGUAAUAAUUUUCAAAGAUUUAAAACUUGCUUGUUUUAGGGACUGAUGUUGCACUAUAUAAAUAGUUGAUAGAUAAUGUGGAAUGAACAUACAUUUAUUUUUAAAAUUAUAUGGUAUGCAUUGACCUCGUAUAUGAACAAAUAGACUACUAAUAUCUUUAAAAAAACGUCCGCGGCGCAUGUUGUCACUGUACAAUCGAUACUGCUCUUUAUUUUAACAGACACAACGAACUUGUGCUAUAUAAAUAACUUAGUGUACGGUCACGAGCAUUAAUAUGUAUACACUUUAAUACCAUGUCACAUUAACUUUUUUGACAAAUUGAACUGUAAGUCUCACUAAAUGUCAAAAAUGUUAAUGCGACAGAGUCCUAAAGUGGGUACAUUAUAUUGCUCAUGACUGUACUAGUCGCAAUGGGCGUAACGGCGACACUGUACCAUCAUGAGCAAUAUCAUGUACCCACUUUAGAACCCUGUCACACUAUCAUAUUUGACAUUUAAUGAGACUUACGGUUUAAUUUUUCAUAAAAGUUAAUGUGACAUGGUUUCAAAGAGUAUGUACAUGUUAGUACUCGUGACCGUGCUCUUUAUUUUAACAAGCAAAACAACUUAAUUUGACAGAACGAACUUAUACUAUCUACAUAAGUUAAUGUAUACGCAUUAACAACACCGGUUUAGACACUAGAAAAAAUCCUUUGCGACGAGUCUAUUUGUCUAUAGUAUGAUGGUAUGUAUGCAAAGUACAGUUUAUUUUUUAUGUGUGUAGCCCAUGGGCGGACCAGGGGGG